ACUUCUCCAAUCCCCACCACGGUCAUGGAUUCUACUUCUUCAGAUCUCAUCCCUCCGCCUUACUCCGCCUUGCCGGACCGCCAUCCCUCCCCGGCGCUUCCCCGAAAAUCCCGCAACUUCACUACAACUACCAUUCUCAUCUCUUUUCUCCUUCUCGUUUCUUUAUUUGCUCUGUUUUCUUACACUAACACCUCAUCUCCCGAAUCCGUCAAGUUGCCGGAAAACACCCAAUCGCGACUAGCGAGAGGAGUCGCUGAGGGCGUUUCCGCCAAAUCGAACCCUUAUUUUUCCGAUUCUGUUGAUGGUUCUUUCAAUUGGACCAACGCUAUGUUCUCUUGGCAACGAACUGCCUUCCAUUUUCAACCUGAAGGCAAUUGGAUGAACGAUCCCAAUGGGCCAUUAUAUCACAGGGGUUGGUAUCAUCUAUUUUACCAAUAUAACCCUGAAUCCGCUGUAUGGGGCAACAUAAGUUGGGGCCACGCCGUUUCAAGAGAUCUCAUCCAUUGGCUCUAUCUCCCUUACGCCAUGGUCCCAGAUCAAUCGUACGAUGUCAACGGCGUUUGGACCGGGUCCGCCACAAUCCUUCCGGACGGUCGGAUCAUAAUGCUCUACACUGGCGAUACCAUUGAUGGAGUGCAGGUCCAAAAUCUAGCAUACCCUGCCAACCUAACCGAUCCCCUCCUCUUAAAUUGGGUUAAGUACCCGGGCAACCCGGUCUUGGUUCCCCCACCCGGCAUUGGCCUCAAAGACUUCCGCGACCCCACUACGGCCUGGCUCGGCCCCGACGGUAAGUGGCGGAUCACCAUUGGGUCACGCGUGGGGACAACAUUGGGGGUUUCGUUGGUUUAUACUACUAAUGAUUUUAUUAAGUACGAGCUUGUGGACCGAUUCUUGCACGCGGUCCCGGGUACGGGCAUGUGGGAAUGCGUUGAUUUUUAUCCGGUAUCGGUUGACGGGUCGAAGGGUUUGGAUACGUCGGAGAAUGGUGGUGGUGUAAAGCACGUGCUCAAGGCGAGUUUGGAUGAUACUAAAAUGGAUCAUUAUGCAAUUGGGACUUAUUUUGCUAAUAAUGAUACUUGGGUUCCCGAUAACCCGGAAGAAGAUGUGGGAAUUGGCUUGAAAUAUGAUUAUGGAAGAUACUAUGCUUCCAAGACAUUUUACGACCAAAAUAAAGAGAGGAGGAUCUUGUGGGGUUGGAUCAAUGAAACUGACACUGAAGCUAAUGAUUUGGCAAAAGGCUGGGCCUCCGUUCAGACGGUUCCGAGGACAGUGCUAUUCGAUCAGAAGACAGGCAGCAACAUAAUCCAAUGGCCUGUGGAAGAGGUGGAAAGUUUGAGACUGGGGAGCAAUGAAUUUAAUGACGUGCUCCUCGUACCUGGCUCUGUCGUGGAACUCGAAGUCGGCCCUGCUACACAGUUGGAUAUAUUGGCGGAGUUUGAAGUGGAAGUGCUCGGGUCAGAGAAUGGUACCGUCUCCGAGGAAGGCUGUGGUGGGGGUGCGGCGGAGAGAAGUAGUUUAGGACCAUUUGGUGUGUUGGUUUUGGCUCAUCAAUCGCUUUCCGAGUUUACUCCUAUUUACUUCAAUGUUGCUAAUUCAAGUAAAGGCAGUGGGGAAGCUUACUUUUGUGCCGACGAGACAAGGUCAUCAAAAGCUCCUGAUGUUUUCAAACAAGUUUAUGGAAGCAAAAUUCCUGUUUUAGAGGGUGAAAAUUACUCCAUGAGAGUGUUGGUGGAUCACUCAAUUGUGGAGAGUUUUGGACAAGGUGGGAGAAGAGUGAUAACAUCACGAAUUUAUCCAACAGAAGCAAUUUAUGGUGCAGCCAAGCUUUUCCUUUUCAACAAUGGCACAUCAGCAAAUGUAAAGGCCACUGUCAAAGUAUGGCAGCUCAAUUCUGCCUUCAUUCAACCAUAUUUUUGAGUCCAAACUGUCUGAAUAAUCAUUUUUCAAGUCUCAUCAUUUGAGAUUUCACCUUUUCCUUUCAAUUAGCCAUUGCUUGAGUUGU